GUGCCGAUUUUCCGCCCAAGGUAACAAGUAGUGUCGGUAGGAGCUGGAGGGCGAAUUAGGUGGGGAUCGUCGUGUCCGUUCCUGCUGGCUAAAGGUCCGGGCCGGAUUUUGCACCUUGUCCCCGGGUUUGCCUCACGGCCUGGAGGAGCUGGAGCUGCUGCUGCUCUGUUUAUUGAGCGCUCUUGUCCUGGUAUCACUCCGCUGGCAUGGAGGAGGAGGAGGAGGUGGAGGAGGAGAGCACUUGAUCAUUGUGAUGGUGGCAGGAGGAGAAGCAGCAAGCAGAGCAGAGCACUAGUCUGUGCGUAGCAGCUCGGCGUACGUUUUGCAAAUACUUCAGAGAGCGACUUUUGCAGAUCGCCCCGGAUUGUUCACGUGUUGGCUUCCCCUUGCUUGAGGAUUUGCUUUUUAAAGGUUCCUGUUGAAAUACAACUGAGCAGCCAAAGUACUUUGAGAACACGGUGCGGCAUAAACACCCAAACUUUUUUUCUCCUCUCCUCCCCCCUGGAAAGAAAACACAAUAAGAAAGCGGCGUGGCUUGUCUUCUGAUGCUGUGGAGUGUGAGUGCGGUGCUGUGUGUGUGUUAUGCCCGGUGUGUGUCUGUCCUAGGUGUCCGUGCGUGUGUGUGGCGUGUGUGUAGAAGUGUGUGAGUGGAUUUCUCUAUGCACGCCUGUGGGUGCAUGUCUCUCUCUUGCUCUCUGUUUAAUUACAUGGGGGAGACCAAGAAGGUUUUCGAUUCGGAAUUUGUUUUGGAAAUAAUGGAUGGUUUAAAAGGGGGACGGAUCUGAUCUCUGCUCCCUGGAGUUUGCUACCGAACUGCUGCUGAUCAGUUGGUUGGGAUUCCUUCUGUGUUUGUUGAUUGUGUCUGGCGAUAACCUUACAGCACCACCUCCUGGGAUUUUUUUUGUUUGUUAAAAAAAUAAUUGCCCCCCUCCCCGCCGGAGAGGAUCGACAAGGAGUGGGAGAGAGAGAGAGGGCUUUUUCUUUUUUUAAAAAACCCAAACAACCCCAAACAUUUUGCCUGAGAUCUGCUGCUGCCCAGUGCCCUCUCCAUGGUCCGUUAAAGAGUAUCUCAUCAGGAGGACUCCGUGUUUGUGUCUGGCGUGUGGCGCCCGCGUGUAAGAGGCGGAAAAAGAGAAAAGUUCUUCCAAAAUAGUGUGCACGGGGAAGGGGAUGGGGGAUUUUCCAGCCCCCGCUGCUCCCGCGAAUGGCAGCAGCAUUUGCCUCAACAAUAACCUGAGCGGCAGCCUUGCCGGGGCCGGUAUCGGCGUGAAUAGUGCUCCCCACGGCCCUCCUCCGGGUAACAGCGCUACUCAUAGCGGCGGUGGCACUAACGGGAGCGGUGGCGGCGGCAUUCCCAAACACAGCACCGUGGUGGAGAGGCUGAGGCAGCGCAUCGAGGGCUGCAGGAGGCACCACGUCAAUUGCGAGAACAGGUACCAGCAAGCCCAGGCCGAGCAGCUGGAGAUAGAGCGAAGGGACACGGUGAGCCUUUAUCAGAGGACCCUGGAGCAAAGGGCCAAGAAAUCAGGCACUGGAGGCGGCGGCAGCAAGCAACAGCAACAGAGCAAACAGCAACAAGAUGCCGAAUCUGCCACGGCUGAGCAAAGAAACCACACGCUGAUCAUGCUACAAGAGACAGUGAAGAGGAAGUUGGAAGGCGCACGCUCCCCCCUCAAUGGCGAACAGCAGAAUGGUGUCUGUGACAACAGCUUCUCUCCAACCAGUAAGCGGAUACGAAAGGAUGUACCUGGGAUUGAUGGAAUCAACACUUUGCCCAAUAAUUUGCCUUUGCCUUCUAUUUCCCCUCUUCACCAGCUUGACAUGAAGCCAUCUUUGCCCCUACAGAAUAGUGGAACUCAUACCAGUGGUCUAGAGGACUUGGGCAAAAAUGGCGGACUUCCAGAGAUAAAGCUCCCAAUCAAUGGUUGCAAUGAGCUUGAGGAUAGUUUUAACAUCCUGCACAACAACAAGGAACUAAAGCAAGAGCCCUUGGAUGAUCCUAGCUGCAUUGACAAUUCUGACACAUCCCCUUCAAAUCAAAAUAAACUCUUUUCGGACAUUAACUUGAAUGAUCAAGAGUGGCAGGAGUUAAUAGAUGAGCUGGCUAACACUGUUCCGGAGGAUGACAUACAAGAUUUGUUUAAUGAAGACUUUGAGGAAAAGAAGGAACCUGAGUUUCCCAGACCAGCCACUGAGACUCAGGAGAGUGCAAGUGUUAAAAGUGACCCCUCUCACUCUCCAUUUGCCCAUGUACCCUUGGGGUCCCCCCAGAUAAGGCCUUCUUCUUCAGGGCCUCAAUUUUCAAACCUCCCUAUGGUUUCUAGCAUACCUUCUGUCGCUAGUGCAGCCCCAGCUUCAGUCCCUGACAGCUCACCAGCAAAUUGUGUGGUUCAGUCACCUCCGACUCCCAACCAAGCACACACCCCAGGCCAAACCCAGUCACGGCCUGGCAAUGGGUAUCUCAUGAAUCCAACAACAGUGACUACCGCAGGCUCGGCGCCUGGUCCAGUAGCUGUGCCCAACGCUGACUUGUCUCCUGCUGAACAACUUAAACAGAUGGCAGCACAGCAACAGCAACGAGCUAAACUAAUGCAGCAAAAGCAGCAGCAGCAGCAUCCAAAUCAAGCAUCUAGCUGGUCCCCAGUAGGACCUCCAUCUAGUCCUUAUGGAGGACCCUUCAGUACAGAUAAACCAAAUAGUCCAAUGAUGUAUCCCCAAGCCUUUAACAACCAAAACCCCGUAGUACCUCCUCCGGCAAACAACCCACAAAAGACCACAAUGAAUAACUACCUCCCUCAAAACCACAUGAAUAUGAUCGGUCAGCAGCCAAAUAACCUGGGUGCAAACUCCUUGGGCAAACAAACCAAUAUGCUUUCUUAUGGCAACACUAAACCUCUCACUCAUUUCAAUGCUGAUUUGAGUCAAAGAAUGACUCCACCGAUGGCCAAUCCCAGUAAGAAUCCCAUGAUGCCAUACAUGCAGCAGCCGCCGCAGCCCCAACAGCCACAAAUGCAAGCUCAGAUAGCACACCUGAGCGAGGAGCAGAAACGCAUGCUUAUUAUGAAGCAGAAAGGAAUGAUGAACCAGCCGAUGGCUUAUGGAACCCUUCCCUCCCUUGGUCAGGACCAGCACACCGUGGGCUUGUCCCGGUCCACAGGCCCCAUGCAGUCUUCGGUGCCACCAGGUUCCAGCAAUGUGGGUGCAAGUCCUGGCAAUGCCAGCUUCUUGGGUAACCAGCCUCAAGCGGCCCUUAUGAAGCAGAUGCUGAUUGAGCAACGGGCCCAGCUCCAUUUGAUGGAGCAGCAGAAGCAGCAGUUUCUAAGGGAGCAACGGCAGCAGCAGCAGAUGUUGGCUGAACAGCAGUUGCAGCAGCAGCAGCAGCCACAUUUGCCUCGGCAGCACCUCCAGACGCAGCAGCGGAAUCCCUACCCUGUGCAACAAGUCAACCAGUUCCAAGGUUCUCCACAGGAUAUAGCAGCAGUGAGGAAUCAGGCAGCCCUUCAGAGCAUGAGGACGUCCCGAAUGAUGUCCCAGAACACCAGCAUGAUUGCCAUGGGGGCCUCCCCAAGCACAGGGGCCAUGUCUGCCACAGCUGGCCAGUCUGAGAUGGGGAUGGCUCCCUACAGCAGCCCAGCAGCCAGCCAACCGGGAAUGUACAAUAUGAACACAGGAAUGAGCCAAAUGUUGCAGCACCCAAACCAAAGUAGCAUGAGUCUAGCGCAUAACCCAAGCCAGGGACCAAGGCAGCCCAGCUCAACACAGGGGGUGGGUAUGGUCAGCAGCUUUGGUCCAAACAUGUUGGUGAACUCUGCCAUAUCUCAACAACACCAGCAGAUGAAAGGACCUGUGGGCCAGGUUCUGCCCAGGCCCCAAGCUCCCAGACUUCAAAACAUGAUGGCGCCUGUCCCACAAGGAGCACAGAAUUGGCAAGCACGAGGCCUGCAAGGUAUCCCUGGAAGGACUAGCAGCGAAAUUGGACCUUUUAACAAUGGCGCCGCUUACCCCAUGCAAUCUGGUCAGCCAAGGCUCCCUAAGCAACAUUUCCCACCAGGCAUGAGUCAAUCUGUCAUGGACACCAGUGGAACAGUAAGAACCCUCAAUCCAGCAAUGGGGAGGCAAAUGCUACAACCUCUCCCUGGACAACAAGGAACCAACAGCCAAACCAGACCAAUGGUGAUGCCUACGAUAAGUCAGGCAGUUCCCACCAUGACUGGUUUCAACCAGUCCCCUGCACAACAGAUCCCAGGGGGAAACUUUACUCAGAGCAACCAAGGUCAGGUCUAUGAGAGGAACCCCACUCAGGACAUAUCUUAUAGUUACAGUACUGAAGGAGCUGGAGGUUCCUUUCCAAGUAUUGCAGAGGGCACAGACCUUGUAGACUCCAUAAUUAAAGGCGGACCAGGAGACGAGUGGAUGCAAGAACUGGAUGAGUUGUUUGGAAAUCCAUAGCACGCAGGUGUCUGUCAAGUUACAAAUCUUUGUGGGGGUCAAAAAAAAAGGAAAGUGGGAUGUCACCCAUCCUUGUUUCUUUGUUUUGUUUUUAAAGCUGUGCAAAGCAAGCUAAUCUGGGGCUGCUUGUGAAAGGCUUCAGCAGAGUGUGAAGCAUCAGCAGUUUGGCCUUGCUGAUGUCCACACAGCAGUCUCUGCUCCACAGCACCCCAGCUGCAAGUUGGAAUGAAACAAAGGUAAAGAGAAGCUGCAAAAAUAGCUGAUCUCUGCCCAUAGGCCACAGAAUGAGCAUGGGAGUCCCUGUGUGGCAAGACAGUGGCUGUCCCAUUGCGGUGCAGUUUCCCACCCAGUUUUGCUGGAGCUGUUGUUUCCAGGACACAGGAAGAGGUAGCUCCUAACUGAAACAAAACAGGAGAGUUGCUGAAUGACUGUACAGGCUAUAUGCAGAGGUCAGAAUGAGUGCUAAACUCUGGGUUUAAGCAGAUGCCAAGUUUAUCUGUGUACUUUUCUGUCUAAUUUGAUAGGGAGUUGAGACUGGGUUGCUUGAUUAGAGGACUGUCACUGGUUAUGACUGGACAGGCCCACAGCUGAGUGAGUUUGUUUGAGGUGUGAGGAAAAGGCCUGUAUCUGGGUGUUUGCCCUGUCUGGUUCUUCUGUAGCCAAGUGAUUGUUGAUUCACUUUGUCUUUAAUGAGGAAAAAUACAGAGCUCUGGUACAGGCUAAGGAUGUGGUCUUCACCUUUCUCACGGAGGUGGCAGUCACCCAAGACAGAGAUGCAAAAGUAAGCAGGAUAUUUUUAAAAAGAGAGAUACACAUGAAACUGUUGGUGUCUAGUUUGUUCUUUUCCCAAAAAUGCAACCUGGGUGGGUAAUAUUUGUGCAGAGUUAGAAUACACAGACUGGUGAGCUGAGGUAACAGUCUUCACUUCCAGUUGAAAUAAAUGUUUUUUCCAGUGUCCGAGAGAUUCAAGGAGAAAUUGGUAUCAAGGUCGCACAGAGCGGGCCUAAUAGCUAUAUUGGCUAUUGUGUUAUAAAUAUGUGUCCCACACAUCCCUUGACAGGUUGGAAGCAAGUUUAUGCUCAGCAUUCUCCAAAACCACAUCCUCUCUUUCAUUUUUCCUACUUUGUAGAUGAUAACACCAAGCUCUUUUAAGAUGCCUAAACUAGUCUAUUAGAAACAAAGUAAGGAAGGGAAUAUCUUCUGGUGGUAAAUAAGGUAAUUUCUGGUAGUCAGUUGCAUAAGCUUCUGAGCAUCCCAAAGGACAGCUUCAAAUGGCAUUGUGUAAGUCACAAUUUUGUGUGGCUUAUCUUGAAUUGCAGUGCUUUGUUUAGGCACUAAAGGGGUAAGAAUGGAGCCAUUGAUCUCAGUGGGAAGUGAAUGUGCCACAUGUCUGGCAGGCUGAGAACAUUUGCCUGUUCAUCCUGAACACAGAUUUGGUAUUAAUGGAUCCACUACCCAGACUGAACUGAGGACCUAAGUGCACUGUACACACAAACAAACUUGUGUAACUGAACUCUGAUUGUACCACUUUUUCUUUCUUUCAGAAAAACACAUUUAUUGAAUGAUUAGUUUUGUGUGAAGAAGGCGCAGGGGGAGGAGAGGCUUAACCCUCUCCCCACCUACCAGUUCACUGCUCCAAGUGCCCUCCCCUUGCUGUUUUACUUCCUGGCAGGGUUCCAAAUGUCAAGAUUUGGAAUGUUCCAAAUGUCAAGAUUUGGAAUUCCGGGGGGGCGGAAGCAGUUUGGAGGAGUGAUUUAAAGUGGAGAAAGUAUUGUACACACACCCAUACACAAACACCCCUAAAGCAGCUUUUCCUGGAAAAGGGGGGCCAUCAGGGUUUGAUUACAGAUGUGUGCAUGUAACAUGUAUCAAGCCGUGCCAAGGCAUUAUCUGGGUGAGGACCCAGGGUAUAGCUAGCAUGGUUCUCAAAUAUCCACAUGCCAUCUGAUGCUUAUCCCCCUGAAUCAUUCUGAUGACUUCUGUGAGAGUCACAAUGGACCCUCAUGCAAUGAGGUGAGGAGCCACUUUAUCCAAUUGCUCUAAAAUUGUGGAUUAACUGCUGCACUUACAAACUGGUGGGCUCGGCACGUAGUGAAGUAGUUUACUAACGUUGCUACAAGCCCUGCUCCCCAUGCAGAGAUGAAUGAAUUCUGUGAAGAAAUAUACUUAACUUGUCCCAGACUCAGCCGGUCUCUGGCUAGGCAAUAAGGCAAGCCGAGAACUACUUUAUCAUGUACUCUGGCGCAUGUAUGCGCCAGAGUUAACCCUCAUCUUAGCACCACUGGAGAGUUGUGUGGAACAGCUGUGAACAUCCCAUGAAGGUUUCAGCACACAUGUAUUCUGAGAGUAACUGAGUGUCAUGACAGCAUAUGGCAAUUAGGGCUGAGAAAUGGGAGUUGUAUAUAUUGCAGGGACCAGGGCUGGGCUAAGGUUUCUGGUGCCCUAGGCAAAGUGUUCAUUUGGCGCCCCCUCCCAUUCAAUUAAGAUGAUGUUCUAUAACGUUAAGAAUUUCAUUUUAACUGAAUGUGGAGGGGCAUCAUCAUACUUGGAGGCUGGCAGUGGCUGGGGCAGGGGGAGCAGAGAGGACAGCAGGAAAAGGUCCAUAAGACCACCACUGCCUGCCACCCUGUACCGCUGCCCAGCUUCACGCAGCGUAUGCCCCCCCCACCCCCCAGUCAACAAUUGGCACGCUAGGCAACUGCCUAGUGGACAGAAUGGUCCUGGCAAGAACCAGUUGAAGACUGGAGCAACAUGACCACUUCCUUUAAAUAUUGUUAGGUCUGCGCAAGCAUAGACUAGAAACCAAGGGUAUCACUGUUUACUGGAAACUGUGAUAACAGAAAGAGCAGAACACGGACUCAGAAAUGCACAAACAUUAACAAGUAACUAAACAUUCACCUUUAUCAGAGAGGUGUCGGUAUUCAUGUUUGGUAUGCUGAUGAGGCCUCAAAAAUCAAUCAUCUUUGAAAAGCUUCCUCCAAAUAUUUUAGACUGGGACCAAGUAAUAAAGAGCCAGAUUUUAAUAUCUUGGGUUGUGGUGUUUUUUUGUUUUUAUUUUAUUUUUACUAUGGUGCUGAUGUAUAUGAAAUGUUUUUUUUAAAAAAGAAUUGUUUGUAAAUAUGUUUUUACAAUCAUGCAGAUAUCACUGGGUCUAAUAUGUAAAAUAUAUACAUAUAAAUAAAUAUAAAUAUUAUAUAAAAUUAUAUAUAUAUAUAUAUAUAUAUAUAAUGUUUGUUUAAAAUAGAGUAUUUUUAUUUCAUUCUUUAACUCAUCCUCACUGCAGUGGUAUUGCACUUCAGAUGUCUAAUUACUAAUUUGUACUGUAUCCUUGCCAGCAACUUGCUCCAUUUUAUUCAGAUUUUUCUAGUUUACUGUUUUUUACUUUGUACAUUGAACAUUGCUUAUUUCCUUUUGAGGACUGUACAGAGCUCUGGAAAAAUGUAGAAAGGAACUAAUAACAUACCAAUUUUAAAGAAAAAAAAAUAAAAGAUUGUUAUCUGAA